AUAAAGCAUAAAGCACUAAGCACUCAACUAGCUCCUCUCUCUCUCUCUCUCUCUCUCUCUCUCUCAUGGAGGAGCAAAAUCUUAUCUUUUUAUUCUCCUGCUUCUUCUUCCUCCUCCCUCUUCUCUCAGAUAUUCAAGGAGUGCAAGGUUCUUACUUUGGGCAUGACCAUAGGCAUGGGGGUGGUGGUGUAUACGGAUUUCACCCCAAAAAGCUUUUCGUCUUCGGGGACUCGUAUGCUGAUACUGGCAACCUCCCAAAAUCAUUUGCCGAUUGGCAGGUUCCCUAUGGCAUCACCUUUCCCGGCAAACCAGACGGCCAUUUCUCUGACGGUCGUGUCCUCACUGAGUUUCUUGCCAAAUAUUUGGGAUUGAAGUCUCCAGUACCUUACGCAAUGAGGAAAAAUAAACCAAAACUCGCGAGGUAUGGGAUGAAUUUUGCGUAUGGAGGGACUGGUGUUUUUAACACUACGGUUGCGCCUGGGGAACCAAACAUGACUGCACAGAUUGAUUUCUUCCAGGAACUCCUCAAGGAAUCGGCUUGCCGAAAAUCACAACUUGAAUCCUCCUUGAGUCUUGUUACCGUCUCUGGAAACGACUAUAGUACUUACCUCGCCGAAGGUGGCUCUGCCCAGGGUGCUCCAACCUUCGUCGCUCGCGUAGUCAACCAAACCGCCGUGAACUUGAAACGAAUCCACGACUUGGGUGUGAGAAAAGUGGCUGUUGCGGCGAUUGAGCCCCUCGGAUGCCUCCCCAAAGUGACCUUCGUGAGUUCUUUCCAAACGUGCAAUGAAACUUCCAACAGCCUCGCGAUACUCCACAACAAGUUGCUGCAGCAAGCAGUGGCAGAGCUCAACAGUGAGUGCAAGGACUCGGGGGCAUUCAUAAUACUUGACCUCUACGACGCGUUUUAUUCAGUCCUCAAUCACAAAGAAGCUACUGUGAAGUUCGAGAGCCCAAUAUUAAAGCCAUGUUGUUUUGGCACAAGCAUUGGUUAUGACUGUGGGAGCUUAAAUGCGAAAGGGGAGAAAAUGUAUACCUUAUGUGACAAUCCUAACGCUACAUUCUUCUGGGACAGUUUCCAUCCAACGCAAGCCGGAUGGCGAGUCGUGUUCUUUUAUUUGAAAUCCAAGUUCGAAAAAAGUUAAUUAAUUUAUCAUCCUCAUGAUCAUUGCUAGUUGUUUUAUCUUCUUAAUUAAUUUCACAGGGGGUGGAUUAAAAGAUGUUUGUGUUUAAGUUUGUUUGGCAAUUCUUGUACUUGUUGAUUAAGGCUUCGGGAAUGAAGCAUAUUUUGAUUUUAUUUUUGACGUCAACGCACAUGAAAUAUGGUUGAUGAAAGGAUAUAGAUCGAGUAUCCUUUUUACUA